UCGGCUUCCACCAAUGGGAGGCUUCGCUUGAGCGGGGCGCCGGUCACGUGUCCCCGGAGCCGCUGCGCGUCGGGCCCGGCGCGGAGGAGCUGAGCGGCGUUCCACUGCCGCCGCCUGCCCCUCCCCGCGUUCGGCCGCGGCUUCCCGUUGCCCGGAGCAACGCUACUCCUGCCGGCGCGGAGCCGUUAGCGCUCGGGCGUUAUCGCCUCGCGCCUCCGUUGAGCGACCGCAGUGACAAGACACCAUCUGGCAUCUGCAAUUUCUCUCCCAGUCGUCUUGGGUUGUGCUGGCCUGUCCACAUCGUUUCUGUAGUUUUCAUGGCUCUAGAUGGCUAGUGAAGGGAGAUGUUCAGUCUAAUGGCCAAUUGCUGCAGCUGGUUAAAACGGUGGCAGGAACCUGUCAGGAAGGUGACCCUAAUAAUGGUGGGUCUUGAUAAUGCUGGUAAAACUGCUACAGUCCGAGGAAUUCAAGGAGAGUCUCCUGAAGAUGUGGCUCCAACAGUUGGUUUUUCCAAGAUUGACCUUAAACAGGGACGCUUUGAAGUCACCAUCUUUGAUUUAGGAGGUGGAAAACGAAUUCGAAAUAUCUGGAAGAAUUACUAUGCUGAGUCCUAUGGUGUAAUAUUUGUUGUGGAUUCCAGUGACAUUGCAAGAAUGGAAGAAACAAAGCAAGCCAUGAUAGACGUUUUAAACAGCCCUAAGAUAUCAGGAAAACCCGUGUUAGUGCUGGCAAAUAAGCAGGACAGAGAAGGAGCUCUGUCAGAAGCAGAUGUAAUCGAAUCCUUAUCUCUGGAAAAACUCGUCAAUGAACACAAGUGUCUAUGUCAAAUUGAACCUUGUUCAGCUAUCAUGGGCUGUGGGAAAAAAAUUGAUAAAUCGAUAAAAAAGGGUUUAUAUUGGCUUCUACAUAUCAUAGCAAAAGAUUUUGAGGACUUACAUGAACGCAUCCAAAGAGACACUACAGAACAAAAAGCAUAUGAAGAACAAAAUAAACUAGAACGAGCCGAGCGAGUGAGAAGGAUACGAGAAGAAAGGAAAAGAGAAGAAGGAAGAAGUACACCUGAUGAGGAAGACCCUGAGCCUGGGAACUGUGAAAACCCGUUCCAGCCCAUAUCUGCUGUAAUCUCUGAGAACGAAAGGCAAAUUGAAAAGGAAAAGAAUCGUCAAAUGUUGGAGACUGAAAAGCCUACUAUUGUCUUGCAAUCGCAAACAGAGCAGGAACAAAUGGAUGCCCAGCACUUAUCAAGUAGCAGUAGCCAAAACACAAAUGAUAGUAGACUAGAAACAUGCAAUUCUACAAGUGCACAGAUUUUGCAGCAUGAAGAAGAGAAUGGGCAGCAAGCCUCACAAUGCCUUGACUCAGAUAACAGUAAGAAAAAAAAUAAAAAAACAAGAUUUAAAAGGGUCCACAGAGUAGAACCUCUUAAUUCAGAGGAUGCUGUUCCCAAAAAUCCUACACCACCACCAGCUCUUCCACCAGAGAACUGGCUUCUGUAUUUUUCAUCAUCAUCAAAUGCAGUCACGGCGUGUUUUGGCUGUCUGUUUUCCUUUAGUUGGCUGGGGAACUCCCACACUUAAUAGACUUCGAAAACUUGAGCCUCUUGGUGAAACACAUCAUGCUGAUUUCUACGGAAAGCCUCUGCCCCCGCUGACUGUACGCCAAAGACCCAACAGUGAUACCCAUGAUGUCAUUGCUUAACGGGAUCACAAAUAGUAUUUAAGAAACAUUAUACAAAAAAAUUAUAUCAGAUAUAUUUUUUUCCCUUGAAGGAAAAAUUUUAAAAUGAGAAUCUAUUAUUUUUUUGUAAAAUAACUUGGUGACAAACAUGGAGGUCAUUCUGUCAUAUUUAGUUGAUCAGACUUUGUCAUUUACUUUUCACGUCACCAGCUCUUUGGGAUUUAGCAUGAAAUCAAGAAAGGUCUACGUAUGCUCAUAGGAACACAGUAUCAAAUAUUUAUUUGGUUUACUUGUGAAAACAAAUAGCUGUAAACCUGAAGAAAAAAACUUUCAAGAUCACAUUAUACUGGAUUGUAUGUUCACAUCAAGACCUUUCUCCAGGUGCUGUGCAGUGGUCAGUAUUUUUGAAGCUAAUAAAUGGUUCUAAUGCGUUUUGUAAGAUUCAUAUAUGAUAGGGUGAAUAUAGGGGUGUUAUGUAACAAAUAUUUGAGUAUAUUUUUCUAACUUUUUAUAAAAUUAUUUGCAAGUUUGUGUCAACACACAUACUUACUAUCAAUAAAAUUAUACCUAGAAAGCGUUACAAUGCUGACAGUCAAAUGCAUACAAGUAGAGGAUGUUUGAUUCUUACAUUUCUCUUACAGUAGCAAUACCUCUUAUUAGAGAUUACGUGAGCAGAUGCAUAUUUUGUAUUUCUACCAAUCUGAAGAGGUGAGGAAGCUAGAUAGGGAAGUUAAAGAUCAAUACAUUUUAUACAAAAAUAUGCUAUUUGAAUUGUCUGAGAAGUUUUCUUAUGUGUUGUUUUCUUUGUUUUGUUAACUGAGUUGGGCAUAGGUAAUAAGUUCAGUUGAAAACAUAGAGCUGAAUAUUGUAUUGUCUACUGCAACAUACAAGAAAAUUGCCCAUAGUGAAAGUUUUGCACUAAUUCAGUCACCAAUUCUGAUGGAAAACUGAAUCAACCAGUAUGCAGAUAAGCUCCAGCACUUUUUAAUCUUGAUAACACUAAAAUACCAUCUCAAAAACAAAGGAAACCCCAGUUUUUUAAGGACUUAUAUAAUACUUCCACACAAUGUGUUACUUUUACAUUAAAAAAUCACAUACAAGUGAUACAUAAACAACAAGGGUUGCAGUUGGAUAUAUUCCUCUUUAAAUAUUUAUCCUCUUAAAUUGGAGAUGGCCAUUGGUAUAUGUGUAAACAUAUAUAGUCACGGUACCUAGUUACACCAAGAAAACCACAUUCAAAGGUUUUUUGUACAAGCAUCACUUGAUGAUUUUCUAUUAUGCACUCAGUCUUCCAUAACAUGGUAUUACCAACAGAUUUUAGAUUAUAUUAAAAUAAUGCAAUGUAUAUAUUCAGCACUUUGACAUUAGAAACCUUUGCCAUAUACCCCUUACAGCAAUGAGUUACACAAGUUAUAUACACAAAAUUAAAUUAUUACCCAAGAUAUUUAAAUACUAUGUUGGAAGGGGGCAGGGAGUCAGUCUUAAGAAUAUUGCGUUUGGAAUGAGUGGAGAGGAAUAUUCCAAGUUUGCUAGUUUAGUGUCAGGAUGAAACAAAUUGUAUGUGACUGUCAGCAUGAGAAUACUUUUUUGUAUUCAAACAGUGUAACAUGGUCAGUGUGAUUAUUCUCAGGAUUUAGUCUUUUUCACUUCAAACAAACACAAUAUUAAGUGGAAGGGGGAAGUUUAUGUGUGCAAUCUCAAAUCUUACUAUCUUUAGCUAUGUUACCACUUAAAUUUUUUGGCUUAAAGGCUCUACUUUUGCAGGCUUGUUUUUUUUACAGCCUCAGUUUCUAGAAAUGUAUUUCCUUUUUAUUCUAACACUUAUCUAAAAUAAAUUAAUGGAAGUCUUUAUUAAAAAUAAAUAUUGCUGUGGAAACAAAAUUUAAGAAACCAAAAUGGAAGAUGUUUAUAUUUGUAUAUGAAAUGUUUAUUGUUUGUGUGAAUACAUGUAUCAGUUUUGUUUCUGCUUUUAAAAUAAAUUCUACCAAUUUCUGACCAAAAAA